CGCCGUCGUCACCAGUCCCGCGCGCCUUCUUGCUUUGCUCGCCCUCUGAAUUCUGGAUUGCGCCUGCCGAUGGAGACGCGGCAGCUGUUGUCAUUGGAAGUAGGAUCUGUCGCGGGGCGGUGCCCAGCCUGCUGUCCGUAAGGUACUCAACUCGCUCCACCUCGCGCGCCCGCUAUCGCGAACAUGCCGCCCGCCAUCAUGUCCCACGGCGGCCCUGGAGACGUCCAGGAGCCCGCCGCGCCGCGGAACCUGGCGCCGCUCUCGAGCUCCCUGUCUAACAUGCUGCCAGGAUCGCGCCGUCAGAGUGGAAUAGCAUCAGCUUUCGGCGCCCCGUCGCCGUUCGAGAACAAAGCAGGCCCGCACUACGCCUCGACGCCGUCUCACCCCUCGUUCUUCCCGCGCUCUCGAGUAUAUCCACAUGCGAGCGCUGUUGCCAGCCCAGACGUGUCUACCAACGAUUCGUGCUCCGAGCUGACGUCGUCGUCGUCGUCCCGGGACUCGCUCCCAACGCUGAACCCGGCUGCCGAGGUGCGCCGUGGUGGCACGUCCCAGAAGCAGGCGAAGAACUCCAGACGCGCCCGAUCGCAGAAGCACAGUUCUAGAUGGAGUAGGGGCGGAGCUGGCUCUUCGGAUGAUACAGGCUCGGAUCGCAAGGCGCCUGCAUCCCACCCUGCCAGCUACAGCUCGCCUGCUUCCCCCCAGAACACCUGGCCUGCGCGCAAGCAGCGGUCGCACACCCACAUUGCCUCUAGCAACGCCGCCGCUCAGCAGGGACGCUUGAUGGCAGCAGCCUUUGGGGGCCCUUCGGGAGAUUCGCGGCGAGGAGUAGCGUCUCCUCGACCAAAAGGUCGCGAAGCCAAGAACACCUUUUGUCGCAAUGUCACCAUCUACGGCCAUUGCCGGUAUGAGAAUACCUGUCCAUAUAUCCACGACCCUUCCAAGCUGAACCAGAAUGAGAACAUGAAAAAGAGGUUCAAUGUUGACUCACCGUCGUUCACGCCGUUGCAAGCUAGCACUAAUGGGUCCUUGACUCCCUCGGCUCGCAGCGUAGCUAUCUCACCCAAGGCUGCAAAUGCCGCUAUCUUCACCCCAAAAUCACAGCGCUCUGCUACAAGCACGCCUAGCCUGCAUAGUAAAGAGCCUGCCGUGGAGUGGCAUCCCCAAGAGUUUCAGGAAUUCGUCCCGCAAGGCUAUGAAGGUCAGAUGGUCGACCCCAGCGCCCAAGCAGCAGCAUUAGGCUAUGAUCCCUUCAAUUCGUCUUCCACAAUUCCGUCUAUCACUGGCUCCAGCCACCAAACAUCGUCCCUCAACCCAUAUGCGCAGGACCCAGCGCUAUCCGGUGCAUCUUAUUAUCAAAAUGCCGCCGGCUUCCAGCAGUCGCCUGCAUACCACUUGUACUGGCCGGUUGGACCCCAACCUACAGGUUUACUCGCCUAUCAGCGCACGGCACACGAUUUCUUCAUUCCAGACUCCGUCCGAGAGGACCUGCAAAAGAAGGCGGAAGUAGCUCGGCAGGUCGUUCCGAAUUCAUCUUUACCACCCAUAGAGCAGUUCCACUCCCUCUUUUGCCUGGAUACCUCUGCGCAGAAGAAUCAGUCCCUCUUUGGAUACUCCAGCUGGGUGUACAAAGCCGUCUCCAGCAAGGAUGGGAACACUUAUGCGCUCCGUCGGCUGGAGAAUUUCCGGCUAACCAGUGAGACCGCCAUCCGAUCGGCUCAAUCUUGGAAACGGGUCCUGAAUGGCAACGUGGUCACAAUUCAUGAGGCUUUCACCACGAGGGCUUUCGGAGACAGCUCGCUCAUCAUCGUUACCGAUUAUCAUCCGAACUCAAAGACUCUCGCAGAAGAGCACUUCAAACCAGCGCCAAUGUCGCGCUUUCAUGGAAGGCAAGCAGCAGCAUCUCAUGUGCCUGAACAGACUCUCUGGGGAUACAUCGUGCAAAUUGCAUCUGCACUGAAAGCUAUACACGGCUCCGGCCUGGCAGCACGACUCGUCACCCCGUCCAAAAUUCUGCUUACCUCCAAAAAUCGGAUACGCUUGAACGCUUGUGGGAUCUUGGACGUGGUCCAGUUCGACAACACAAAGCCGAUUUCUGAGCUCCAAGCCGACGAUCUCGUCCAGUUAGGCCGGCUCAUUCUUUGCAUUGCGAAUAACAACCCAUCCGCACACCUGAAUCUGCAAAAGUCCAUGGAUUAUAUAACACGCAGUUACACCGGUCGGUUAAAGGAGUGCGUCCAGUGGCUCCUUAAUCCGCAACCCACGUCUGGCACGCCAACAUCGCCAACAACGCAUGGAGUCAUGCAGAAGGAUAUUGAUACCUUCUUGGGUGGCAUUGCAGAUCAAUUCGCCACCGUUUUCGACAGUGAGCUUCACGCGCAGGAUACGCUCGUCAACACCCUUGCGCGUGAACUCGAAUCAUCUCGACUUGUCCGCCUCCUCGUUAAAUUGAACUUCGUCAACGAGCGCCCGGAGCUAGACGCCUCCCAGCAUGUACCCGGCAGCGGUACUUCUGCGCCUUCGGCGAUGUGGGCAGAAACCGGAGAGCGAUAUUACCUCAAGCUAUUCCGCGAUUACGUCUUCCACCAAGUGGAUGCAAACGGGCACCCGGUCAUGAAUCUAGCCCAUGUUCUGGAUUGCUUGAAUAAGUUAGAUGCUGGGAGCGAGGAGAAGAUUGCGCUUAUCAGCAGAGACGAGCAGAAUGUGCUCAUUGUUAGUUAUCGAGAAUUGAAGAGAGGGUUGGAAUCGAGCUUCCAGGAUUUGAUUAGAGCAGGACGGGGUUCUGGGAAAUAGGGUCUUCCAGGCUCAAGUCCGCUCGGAGGAAGUCAAGGCUAAGGUAACGUG